UCCAAGAUGGCAGCUACCAUGUUGCGGGUUACCCUACGCGGCUGGCUACCCGGCGUCCAGCGGGGCUGCGGGUUACGGCUGUUGAGCCAGACCCAGGGGCCUCCGGGUUACCCCAGCUUUGUGGAGUCCGUGGAUGAAUACCAGUUUGUGGAGCGCCUGUUACCCCCCACCAGCAUCCCCAAACCCCCAAAGCAUGAACAUUAUCCCACCCCUAGCGGCUGGCAGCCUCCCAGAGACCCACCACCCAACCUGCCUUACUUUGUGCGGCGCUCUCGGAUGCAUAACAUCCCUGUCUACAGGGACAUCACACAUGGCAACCGCCUGAUGACUGUCAUCCGGAAGGUGGAGGGGGACAUCUGGGCCCUGCAGAAAGAUGUAGAAGAGUUUCUGAGGCCACUGCUGGGGAAGACACCCAUCACCCAGGUCAAUGAGGUGACAGGUACCCUGCGGAUUAAAGGCUACUUUGACCAGCAGCUCAAAGCCUUUACAGCCCUAAAAAACAGAAGGAAAACUGUUCUUCCAAAGUCUCCAAUAACCAGAGAAGAUGAUGCUUCUGAAGGCUGGCAGGUCCUAAAUGACAAGUUCUGGAAACAGAGACACUGGACUGGCAGCAGCACUGGAGAGUUGCCAACAUAA